CUUGGAUUAAUGCUUUAGGAAGUUGCCGUGCAAUUUCCCAUACCGAAUGGCAUACGUUGCCAGUCAUCUUCUCUGCAGUACUGCCAUUUCGUUGCAACUUCCACUGUUGAAUAUUUUUAUUUCAAAAUAAAUACGAUGCUUGCUUUCCCCUAUCUAUUUAAACCCUUGCAUGCCCGGUUGUUACUUUAUAACUUCUUACAUAUAUAUAUAUAUAUAUAUAUUUCGUUUUCACUUCCCUCAUGGAAACUGAAAGAGCUUCAAAAUCUUUCAAGUGGUUCUCUAACAAGGGUCUCAGGUUAAGCCUCCAUCGUCGUAGAUCAAAGUCUUGCUCAACAUCAAGUUCCCCUAACUCUCCUAUGUCUCCAUGUACACCAAAAAAAGAUGGCACUAAAGAAGAUGAGCUUAGAGAAGUUUUUCGUUGUUUCGAUAGUGAUGGUGAUGGAAGGAUCUCAGCCCUAGAACUUAGGGCAUACUUUGGAUCCAUAGGGGAGUACAUGUCACAUGAAGAGGCACAGUUGGCGAUCAAUGAUCUCGAUGCAGACCAGGACAACUUGUUGGACUUCCAGGAUUUUUUGAGGCUAAUGAAGAGGGAGGCUAAUGAUAAUACUGAUGAUCUCAAAAUGGCCUUUGAAAUGUUCGAAAUGGAGAAGGGAUCGGGAUACAUAACUCCUAAGGGCUUGCAAAGGAUGCUGCGUCGUCUAGGAGAUGCGAAGUCGUACGAUGAGUGCGUGGCCAUGAUUCAGGUUUUUGAUAUUGAUGGUAAUGGAGUUCUUGAUUUUUACGAGUUUAAUCAAAUGAUGGCUUGAUUUGGAACUUUGAAUUUGUAAAUAAUAUCCAAUAAAAAAAGAGAAUUUGCUAGCUUGAUUCUCAUGAUAUAUAUUUACAUCUAUAUGAUGAUAAAAGAGGACAAAAAAACAGAGAGAAUCCUUUCCUUUUGUCCUUGUGUUUGAGAAUCCCUUGUUGGCGUGAGUCAAAAGAAUAGAGACCAAACAAUCCAACAGUUAUGCCUGUGGUGUAAGGUGGAAUCAAAUUCGGAAACAAAGCAUAACUUACGUUUGAUUAA